CCCCGAUGCCAUAUCUGCCGCUGUUAUUAGUACAGACUACAGUUUAGUCAACACAACCAGAACCACUUUGCCAAAAAAAAAACACAACCAGAACCAGAACCACGAGGGCCUCGAUGGACGACACCGUCGACUGGUCCAAUCUUCCAGUCGAACUUUGGCCACUGAUCGGAGAAAAGCUCAAGCUCCGCAUCGAGUCUCUCCGUUUCCGCAGCGUUUGCCAUUCAUGGCGUUCUUGUUUGCCUCGCUUCCACCCUUCACUUCCACCCAAAUUCCCUCUCCCACUCUCCGAUGGACCCACCUCCUUCCUCUCCCAAAACACCGUCUACCUCCUCCAGAGCCCCUCCACGUCAUCACUGGCGGCGCCGUCGUCUGGAGGUUGGUUGGUCAAGGUCGAAGAGUGCGACGUCAGAAUGCUUCUUCGGAAUCCUAUCACCUCCCGCCGAAUCAGGUAUUCAAACGACUCGUCGUUGUCUCCGGAAUGUUUCAAUUUGUUGGAGUUUAAAAUGAUCGAAUUAGGGAAAUCCUAUUUUCUGAGAUUCAUCCGUGGCUCUGGUUCUGUUGAUGUGUUAAAGAAAGUGAUUUUAAUGCCUCCUGAGAUUGUUGAUUGUGCAAUUCUGGUUAUCUGUGAUAAAGGAAAUUUGGGUUUUGCUAAGAGUGGAGAUGAGAAACUCACAAAAUUCAGUAAUAUUGGAGGUUUUGUUUUUGAUGAUGUAUUUGUUUAUAAGGGUCAGCCAUAUGUGGUGGAUAGCUUGGGUUGUGUUUUUAGGAUUGAUGUGUCUUCAAAAGUGAUGGUGAAAAUUUCGUCGGAAUUGGUUGGUUUAGGUGGGAGGAAGCAUUUGGUGGAGUCUUGCGGAGAGCUUUAUGUGGUCGAUAGGUAUUUUGAUCAAGAACAAAAUAAGCAAGAAGCGACUGGUCUUGAGUUGGAUUUUUCUAUUUGGGGCUUUCGUCGUCGUGGCAGAUACCGGAGAUAUCAUUCUGGUGAACCCAAGGUAGUUGAUUUUAAGGUUUACAAGCUGGAACUGUUGGAUGGAGAGUUGGGCAGAUGGGUUGAAGUGGAAAGCUUGGGUGGUCAAGCGUUUUUCUUGGCUAUAGAUUGCUCUUUCUCUGUAUUGGCUGAAGAAUUAGCUGGGUGCAAAGGGAAUUGCAUUUACUUCUCAGAUGAAAAUGACGUUAAUCUUGCUCUUAGAGAAGUAACUAGACCAGAGAGUUUUGUGUUCAACUUAGAGGACCAUAGCAUUCAGAAGUUGGGAUCUUCCCCAGGCGGUUCCGGAUCCCAGAUAUAUUGGCCACCUCCAAUUGAGCUCGGCUCCAUGUGUUCGUAUUCUCUGGAUUGAUGUAAGUUUGAUUUGUUGUUGUCAUAGAAUUCUGUGAAGUUCUUUAUACUUAUAAUUGGUGUCUCCUUAAGUUUUGUUAGUCGGAUGAUUUGUUUGUACACUGGUCUGUCUCUCUCCUGUGUUGUCUCGUUGGAGAGGAGUGAAUGGAAGUCUUUGAGCAGCAACGAAGGCUUAAUUAAAUUAUUUAAAUUGGA